UCUUUUAACUAUAGUGUGGGGUUUGGGGCUUGGGGUGGGAAAUGUUGUUGUAACUGUGAUUUUUAAUGUAUCUAAUGAAUCUAAUGUAUCUAAUUUAUUCCUAUGUACCAGUCCAGGGUAACACAGGGGAUUAAAUUGACAUGAAUAAAUGAUUUGGUGUUACUGCUCCUUUAAUCAGUGCGAGCGCUGCUGCAGUACCAGCCGGGAGCCACAGAGGUCGCACUUGAGUUCAGUUUUCCUGCAGCAGCAGCAGCAGCGUCGGUUGAGGUUUGAGCGGCUCAGACUUCGCGACUGUUUCACUUGCGCCCAAUUCUCCUCCAGAUGAUGCGACAGCGGCAGGAGACGUGGGCCGGGCGGUCCCUCCAGUCAUUAUACAUUCAGAGAGGAGACUGAGGGCCGCGGAUGAGCAGACGGGCAGUUUUUCCUUCAGUCUGAGCUGCUGCCGCUGAGAGACGAGCGAUUUCGGGCGUUUGUGAUGAUGGAGCCGGUCACUGACUCAGUGUUGGACUUGUCUCCUAAUGUCCUGGUGUCAGAGGGGAGAGACAAGUUGUACAACAGAUCAGAUCAGUGUAAGAAGAUGUCGCCGCCAGAGUCGGGGACCCUGCACGUCGUCUAUGGCAAUGGCUCCUCCGUUGGCUCCGUGUUAAUGUUCCAGUGUUCCUCUAUGUACCAACUGGUGGGAGAAGGAAUCUCUACCUGUGUAUGGAGAGGGAACAGCACCUUAUGGACCUCAGGGACCCCCACGUGCAAAGCCCUUUCCAGGUAUGAGACGUUUGGCUUUAAAGUCGCCGUAAUCGCCUCCAUUGUGAGCUGCGCCAUUAUCCUGCUCAUGUCCAUGGCCUUCCUGACGUGUUGUCUCUUCAGCUGCAUCAAGAAAAACGAGAGGCGCCGCUCCGAGAGAGAGAAGGUCGUGUGGAAUCAGUUGGACUGUGAGGGGCUGGAGAAUGUGCAGGUGGAGCAGUUUGGGAUGAAAGGCAGAAAUAAUAACAAUAAUAAAGAUGGCGGCCGGCCUGCGUUGGCGGAUUGGGUGGAUUUUGCGUAUGAGAACCACGGAUUCUGCAGAUGCCACGAUGUCUGGGCGAGGGAAGUCCCUAGUGUUGGAUUUGGUGGAGAACAUUCGGCUGCCGGGAGAAGAUGCGCCAGUGUCAUUGUGCCCAGCUGUGGGGGUGCCGUACAGACAGUGAGUGGGGGGCACACAAUAGAAGUCUAUGAGAGGGAUAAGAAAUUGAUGAGAAGAUUUGAGGCGCAUUUACCCGAGUGAGACAAAUAGAUAAAUAAUGAGGAACCAAUGGGGUCACCCACGUGCCUUACUCACGACUGGAACAUUCUUGUGGGUCGGAUCAUAUUAAACUCCAGAGAAUAUUUCCAGGUGCCAACUGAAAAUUGGGGUUUUUUUCUGCUAAAUAAUCUCAGUUUCAUGAAAAAAUUCUAAAAUUCUCUGGAACCACCCGACAUCUCAAGACAAUAGGAAUCCUAUGGAAUAUCCCUUUAGAACCCAGAUGUCCCUCAAGGAGAAGGUGCUGAUACUUGUUGCCCAUGAAGUUUCAGUGUCGGUAUUUUCGAAUGCUUUAGGAGAAUAGUAAGCUCUUGGGCCAAGUUUCCUUUUGCAGAACGAGGGCUGUAUCUAUAUGUAACCGUGCAGCGGCAAAUGCAGGAGGCCGUUUAUUUUGAGGCUUAUUCACUGGAUCGGCGCCAGAUUUGAACCUGUGUCUGAGCUGCGAUGUCAGAACCAGCUGAUAGAGGCACCGGCCUUAGCAAUAAAUAACAAACUGGGUUCUUGUAUUUGAUCUGACUCUGAUACCAGCGAGUGUUUUGUACCAAGUAAAGGCAAUUCUCACAAGCAGCCUGAAAUCUUAAUGUUUAUUCCCAAUAAUGUGUAACAAGAGAUGGACUCAAGGUUCUACCAGAACCCGGAACCACUUCAUCUCAUUGACAGUGUCUCCCUCUGUGAGUUGUGCCAUCAAGGUUGGGCAUGAAGGAGGGCACUGACUACUGUUUGGGUUUCUCUGGACUGAGGGUCAGUGUGAUGUUGGUUCUGAUGGGUCGCUCCUCAUAGAACUAUAACUCCCAGCAGCACAAUCUUUUCCGAAUGGUCCUGAAAGUGACGCCCUCACCAGACCGGGGCAAUGCCACAUUUAUUUCCAUACAUGCACAGAAUCCUCUUAUAAAAAAAAUGUUCUAAUUUGAUAGAAAAGCAUAUUUUUGCACAUAAUGUCUGAGCAAUCAAGAUUAAAAGGGAAACAUUUUUUUUGUCGAUUUCUUCAAUUCUAUU